AUGCAAAGACUAUCGCAAGUUUCUCAUCACAUCUCGCCAGAUCCUCGUGACGGUGCUACUGCGACGAAGUCGAGCUCUACCCCGCCCAACGCCGAUCGCGGUGACCCCUCAGCUGCACGAAUCAACACCAAUAUGGCGAAGACCAAGGUCGUUGUAACGCGACAGUUGAUUGAUGAGGCGCAAAGAUUGCUCGAUGCGAAGAAGGAAGAUUUGGAAGUCGUGCAAUGGCAAUCCGAAAAGCCAUGUCCGCGCCCAUGGCUUCUCGAAAAUGCUAAAGGUGCAACCGGAAUACUAGUCAUGCUCACAGACAAGGUCGAUGAAGAGCUAUUAGAAGCAGCCGGAUCGCAACUGAAAGCCAUCGCUUCAUUCUCCGUCGGAACCGACCAUGUCGACCGAAACGCGCUGAAGAAACGCGACGUACGUCUCGGCUACACACCAACAUGUCUCACCGACGCCGUAGCGGACCUCACCAUCAUGCUCAUUCUCAUGGCCCAAAGAAGAGGUGGAGAGUCGAUGACGAAAGUCGCAAAGGGCGAAUGGCCUCAGAUGCCAUGGCAUCCCCUGCUCAUGACGGGCCCGCAGAUCCGAGGAUCAACUAUCGGCUUCUUGGGAUUCGGAAGGAUUGCUCAGGCUUCGUUGCUGAGAUUACUGCCGUUCGGCAUCAAGAAGGUCAUCUAUCUCACGUCCAAGCCUGGCAAGCCUGUCAAAGAGGAUCACUUUAGCCUCAUCGAGAACGCUACUAUCCCCAUCGAGCCGGCGAACAGUAUCGACCAACUCGCACAAGAGAGCGACGUAGUCGUUGUAGGAUGCGCCCUCACGCCAGAAACCAAGCAUCUCGUAAGCACAGAGUUCUUCUCUAAGAUGAAGAAGCUCGCCGUUAUCGUCAACAUUGCGCGCGGCCCCAUCAUCGACACUGAUGCACUGGUGACGGCACUGGAUCAAGAGCAGAUAUUUGGUGCUGGGUUGGACGUGAUUGAGAAUGAGCCCAACAUCACAGCUGAUCACCCGAUCUUGAAGCAGCCAAGAGCUGUGCUUGUGCCGCAUAUUGGGAGCGCUACGAUUGAGACACGGGUACAGAUGGCUACGGAGAGUGUCAAGAAUUUGCUCGCGGGGUUGGCAGGGGAGGAAAUGGUGAACGAACUGCAGUUGUAG